UUUCGCUAUCCAGCUCAUGUGAGCCGCUCUCGGGAACAACGCAACCUUAUCGACCGCACCAGCUCGGGAGGGAGACGAGCCCCGCAAGGGAGUUCUGCAGGGUGGUGAUUUCUUUUGAGAUUCCUUGUCUCGGCUGGGCUUUUCCAGGGCAAAAGCUGAGGGGUUUUGGCAGUAGUGGUGGAUUGCAGAGCUCGUGUAAGCUUUCGGGGAAGAGAAGCCGGCUUGUUUGUUGGACGCAUGGUGGUGAUGCUACCUGUGAAUCGUGGCUCUCAGAAUAUGAUCUUUGUGAUGAUUUAGUCAUUGGAUGCAUCGUUUUUGUUCGGGGCUUUUGAUUUACUUCUCGCAGGUCAAAGAGCAGGGGAUGACUGUGUUCUGAAUCUCCACCGAUAGCUAGCUGUACCUUCUUAAUACGCUCGCCUUCCCUUUGUAAGCUCAGAAUUGUUGUGUUUGUAGUUCCUUUUGGCUGGAAGAUCUGUCGACGAUAGGCUUGAUCGAGACCAGACUUUGUAGAGAUUACUGCGAAAAAAGAUGCGACCUUUGAGCAGUCUGGGCAUCGGUUUGAGCCUGGUUUCCGGUUGCCUGUUCUUGGCUCUUGUUGCAGAGCUAUACUAUCUGCUUUGGUGGAAGAAGAGGAGUAGCAGAGAGGUCGACCACGAUUCCAGAAGCCCAGCCGGGGAGCUGCUUUAUCUCUGCUGCUGGAGGAAGCCAUCUUCCCUGAGUUCCACAGCGCUCAACCCCCGAGACAUGACCACCUCGGUGGAUGCAGCUGCUUAUUCCGACGAGGGACAACUGCAGCUCCGCUCCGACUCCUCCAGCAAAGAUCUUCUUUUGAAGGCAUUCGGAGGAGAGGACGGUAUGGAGGCAGAGCUCAUGAGGCUCCAUGGCCUCGCAGGCCCUCCCAGGUUUCUCUUCACCAUCAAAGAGGAAACGAAGGAGGAUUUGGAGUCAGAGGACGGGAGGUCGAGAGGGGGAAGGAGCAGGAAAAGUUCCAGAGGGAAGAGCUUGAGCGAGCUGUUUGUUUCUUCGGAUACCCCAUUCUUGACACCUCUCUCUUCCCCGCCUCUCUUCACUCCGCCUCUGACUCCUUUGGACUGCUACAAACAAAGUGGAUUCAACCCCCUCUUUGAGUCCACAAAGGAAGAAGACUUCAUCAAGGUGUGGUCCUCGCCGCCUCCAAAGUUCAAGUUUCUGAAGGACGCCGAGGAAAAAUUACACAGGAAGAAACUGAUGGAAGAAGCAGGCAAGGUUCACAGGAAUGGUGGGCUGGUUAACAGCACCGCGAGACAAGAGAGUCAUGUUUCUUCUCAUCCACCUGGUGUCGCCGCCUCACAUCCCACGGGCCCAGAAGAAGAGGAUGGAUCCUUCAUCACCAUAGUGAUAGGAAAGAACAAAGAGAGAGGGCAGCAGCACCAUUCAAGUUCCUCGCAGGUGAUUCCAUUACCUUCUUCUCCUUCGAGCUUCAGACCAGUGCAAGGGAAACGAAGUUCCUCGAUUUGACAAUUGAGUCCUCAUCAACAACCAUACUUUCACAUGCAGUCGGCGAAUUCGGUGACAAGAUAACCUUUUUUUGUUGCUGUUGUUGUUUGAUUUCUCCACUUGUACCUAGUUUCGUUGUCUUUGCUUCAAUUCCUUGAUUCUGAAAAGGGAGCUGUGGGGGGGGGGGGGGGGGUGGAAGUCAUCAAAACACCUCUUUUCUUGUGAUCCAAUUGACGUUUGAUAUCUGGCCAGUUGCCGAGCACCAGAAAGCUGCACCUUUUCUAUCUGCAUGUCUUUGAGUGCCUGAACUUGUAAUCAUUCCUGUGGUUUGCAGAGAGUUUUGCUAACUCAAUGGCGAUCUUUUUUGUCUGCCAUUGGUAAUUACUCUUAAAAAAUAAGAAAAUUUUGAUCUUUUCUCUUUCACAACCUUUUAUCUCAUCUGUCGGAAUCCCAGUUGCUCGAUGAAAUCGCUCGACGAAGAGGGAGACUUCGCUCGACGCUAUUCCCCCAUCCCUAUCGAUGUAGAGAGCCUAUAGAUGAACAGGGCAGUGUUUCCGAGUGGAUGCAAGCUUGGUCGGAGAUCAAGGCGGACAUCGCGGAUAGAUUUGUACGCUAACAAUGCGAGCAGCUUGAGUCAUGUGGGCGUGAAGACGACCAUCGGCCGCACCGUUUGACUGCGUUUCUGAUGAGGGAGAUGCAAUGGCACACAAGUCAAAAGAAACAUGAUUUCCGUAUUCUGAAGUCGAGGAAUCCAAGGAGCCCUCAAAAAUAUGUAGGUGGCUCUGCUCGACAGCCUCUGUCUGUAUCCCUGCACCUAAGUUUCGAUGAUCGCUCGAUGUUACUACUCCAAGAACCAAACACCUGUUUCUCAUCAAUUCAACGUGUGGUCCGUCAAUGAAUCCAAUAUAGUCCCACCUCUUAUCCA